AUGGUGACAUGGCCGAUGUUCGAGGAGCAAUUCUACAACGAGAAGCUGGUGAUGGAGGUGCUGGGGAUCGGCGUGGCGGUGGGAGCGACAGAUUGGGUGCGGCUGCGCGGCGGGAAGAUGAGGGGGGAAGAUUCAGAGAGAGCGGUGAGGAAGUUUAUGGACGGCGACAGCUGGAAGGCAGGGGAGAUGAGGGAGAGGGCGAGAAAGGUCGGUGAAACGGCGAGGAGAGCUGUGGAAGAAGGAGGGUCUUCUUGGAAAGAUUUGUAUGAUCACUGCCACAGAUCAAUCCCACUGCACUCAAGUUCUUCACUUCCCUCCAAAUCAAUGGAUCCACAACACCACCACCACCACCAGCUCCACGUCGUCUUCCUCCCUUUCAUGGCUCAAGGCCACAUGAUCCCAAUCACAGACAUGGCGAGGCUCUUCGCCCGCCGCGGCGUCAAGUCAACGAUCAUCACCACUCCCCUCAACGCCCCUCUCUUCUCCGGCAAGAUCCGCCGCGACGCCCAAUCUGGUCUCCCAAUCGAAACCCACAUCAUCGAAUUCCCCUGUGCAGAGGCAGGGCUGCCGGAAGGUUGCGAGAACGUCAACGCCAUCAAGUCUCCCGAGCUCAUGAUCCCGUUCUUCAAGUCCAUGGCCGUCUUCCAGCGCCCAGUCGAGGAUCUCCUCCGAAAUUGGCGGCCGGAUUGCAUCGUCGCCGACGUCGUCUUCACCUGGGCUACAGAGACCGCCGGGAGACUCUGCAUCCCGAGGCUCUUCUUCAACGGAACAGGGGCGUUCGCCGUGUCUUUGCUUCACGCCCUCAAAUUCCACGAGCCGUACAAAGAGGUGGAAUCUGAUUCCGAACCUUUUCUUCUCCCUGGAUUGCCGCAUGAGAUUCAAUUGACCAAGUUGCAGCUCCCGCCUUUUUUGAAAGGCGAUGAAUCGGAUAGCGGGAUUAAGGAACUGCGAGAGAAAAUGGAGGAAUCGGAGGUCAACAGCUUUGGGGCUGUAGUGAAUAGCUUCCACGAGCUUGAGCCGGGGUACGCCGAGUACUACAGGAAGGUGAUGGGGAGAAAGGCAUGGUUGAUUGGUCCAUUGUCGCUCGGUAACAAGGACGGUACCAAGGAAAAAGCAGAGAGAGGAAAUGUUGCCUCCGCCGCCGGCAUCGAUGAACAUGACCAUUUGAGAUGGCUGGAUGGUAUGGAACCCAAUUCGGUGUUGUAUAUCUGCUUUGGGAGCAUAUCCAACAUGUCGAAUGCUCAGCUGUGUGAGAUCGCUGGUGCUCUGGAUUCAUCGGAGCAGAGGUUCAUCUGGGUUGUGAAGAAGGGGGAAUUGCUGCCGGAAGGGUUCGAGGAGAGGAUGAAUGGGAAAGGGAUUGUGAUCAAGGGAUGGGCGCCUCAGGUGCUGAUUCUCGAUCACACGGCGAUCGGAGGGUUCAUGACGCACUGCGGAUGGAACUCGACGCUCGAAGCUGUGGCUGCAGGGGUGCCGAUGGUGACAUGGCCGCUCCAGGCAGAGCAGUUUCUCAACGAGAAGUUGGUGACCGAUGUUCUGAAGAUCGGUGUUGGAGUUGGAGCUCAAGAAUGGUCGAGAGGUGAGAGGAAGAUCGUCGUGGGGAGGGAAGACAUAGAGAGGGCGAUGACUCGGGUGAUGGUCGGCCAGGAGGCGAAAGAACUGAGGGGCAGAGCUAGGAAGCUUCAGAAAAUGGCUGUCAUGGCAAAUGAAGAAGGAGGAUCUUCUAAUUCUGAUCUGAAAUCAUUGUUGGAGGAACUAACUUCUCUACUGGACAAGAAAUUGUGA